GUAUACUAACAUUAUGAAGUGAAAAUUUAUAACAAUAAAUAAAUAUAAUAAAGAAAAUUAAUUAAAAAGAAUACCAUCCGUAAAGCUCAAGAAUUAUUUGUGAAUUAGUUGGUAAUCUAUUAUCCUCUUGCAAAAAAUUGGACAAUUACAUUAUGCUCAUCGCUAUUUUUGGAAGGUCAGAUGAUCAACAAUAAAAGUCGGGGAAUUUCAAGAAGAUUCCCAAAGAUGUUUCCCUCCCUCCAGGCAAAUGAUCGACUUUGCUUUUGCUAGUAGAGAAUGGAGCUGUUAUACCUGCAUAAAACAAUGUCUCUUGAAAUAGUGUUUAUUUUCAACAACUUGCACAAUACCAAAUUGAUUCAUAGGUCAACGCGAUCACAUAUUUUACUGACUUAUCUGUUGAUCAUUAUAAUUAGAAGCAACAAAUAAAAUGAAAAGCAUAGUGAUAAAGAUGACUAUUAAUACCAUAGACCGAUAGACGCAUCCCUCUUUGCUACUUUCUGUUGGCAACUAUGGAAAAAUAGAAACCUCUGGGCCUUCGAGAGACUAUUGGCGCCGGCAACCCAGUUAGCCUACCAAAUCCGGCAAAUGCGAGUGCAGAUUGAUCAAUCUUCCAGGAGGAUUGGGCAGGUUCUCGGGGAGGCUACAGAGCGGGUGGAAAGGGGAAAUAGAAUAGGGUUUGGGAUUUUCACAAAAAGGCUACAAUUUCCCCUUUAUUAGUUGUUCUGGGCGUCGCCCACCAAAGUGAAAACGCGUCUCCGAGUGCCCAGGUGGUGCCUAGAUCAAUCGCCCAGAGCUAGACUGGGCGAUUUCCUCCUGCCCAGCUAUUAAUCGCGCCUAGGCGAGAGAUUAAUCGCGUCUUCUUGAACACUGAAUAAAAGUGGACCAAACAAAGACACAUCCAACUCAUUUCAGUUCCAUCUUAACACAGUAUCGGAGGCAUGUACUAUUAUUAUACAAAUGAUCUUACGCUCUCAAUUAGGAACUAAAUGAAGGUUAAAUGCUUGAUUGGCAAACUAAAUCGAUGAACCUAGUGAUCUUAAAGAAAAGAUUAAUGAUCACAUGAUUUCUUGGACCAAACUACUAAAGGAAAAAAAGAAAAAAGAGACCGUACAUUAGCAUAAGAACUCAACAAAUUACUUAUAAGAACUAAUGACAUAAGGAAAAUGUAAACUCAAACCGUUCUUCCGAAGGUCAUGGAUUAAAUCAUUAGUUGUCGAUUACAUAGCCUAAACUGCAAGUUAUAUCCAAAAUAGAGGCAAUUUAGAAACAAAAAAGUUAGAUAAGAAAGCCGUGAAACACAGAAAAAUUGAGUGAACAAAGUGGGAAGUAUUGCUUUCAAUUAAGCUUGAUUAUGUUGACAUAAAGCAGUCACACAUUGACGUUGGAAACCUAAACAAAAAGCUUAAAAAGUGGCAAGAGAAUUCUUCCCUUGAGGUUCAAAUAUAGCCUACCUAUAUGAGUAGAGCCAAGUAAUUACCAUGAUUCCAUUUUACACAUACCAUCCCACAACCAACUGCUGCUAAUGCUCUGGUCCGUUCCAAACCUCACCUGCUCAUAUCUACAAUACCAUAUCACGAAACCAAGAAUUAUACACAACUAAAAGAUCCAAUAAGGAGAUUAACUUAGCAUGGAACUUUGUGAUGGGGGCAAAUUCUAUGGUCAGUAUUAAGCUGUGCAAAUUAUAUCACCUCUGCAAAACUCACUACCUCCAGUACUUUCUCACAGAACCAGCUACCGUCCUAAUCCCUUCCUUCCUUCCUUCCCAGGGUCAGAGUGUGAAAAAUGGCGUCCAUCUCCGCCACAACCACAACUUCUUCCUUCAUCCAUGCAUCUCUCCGUCGCAACCCCUCUCUAGGGGUUUCCUCCGCCCCAGUUCUCGGGCUGCCGUCGAUGGCGAAGAGAGGGAGAGUGGUGAAGUGCUCGGCGGAAGGAAACGGAAGCAACGGCAGCGGGUGGGAUAAGAAGGGGAUGAUGAGCGCUUCGCUGAUGGCGGCAGUGGCCGCAGCAGCUGCGUCGAGCCCUGCGGCGAUGGCUCCUCAACGGAUGCGAGUAGCUGGAGCGAUUUGUAGCGACCUUCUAGAGGCUGAAGCAGAGAAGAAAGAAGAAGCAGGGUUCGUGGCGGCGGGGGAGACGGUGGUGGCGGCGGCAGUAGUUGUGCUUCUCGCCGGAAGGGAAAGCCUCGAUCGUCGACAACCUCUUCGCCACGGAGAUCGUUCGCUGCACUCCAAACGCGAUCUCCUCAGUCGCAGCAGAAGCGGGCCGUCACUGCUUUCCGCCACUGACCACCAAAACGUCUGGUCGUCUUCCCAUGAACUCAGCAACAGCCGGCCGUCAGCGCCUUCCUCCGCUGAACACGAAACCGUGACGCCUCUUACGAGAAUUUUCCGAUGGAAACUGAUUCUCCUCCUGUCCUGCGGGUAGGCGAAAGGAUAACCCAGUAGAAAAGGUGGUAUUUCAGCCAAACGAAAAUUAAAUGAAAAAUAAAUGAUAACGUGGGAAACCAGGAGAAAAAGGUGGGUAGUGGACGAUUCUUAGUUCUGCAAUCUGGCGGGGAGUUCUAUUUUUCCCCCGCUCAACACCCUGCCACAUCAGCUUCCUAAAAUCACUCUAUGGACAGGAAAAUUUGAAUGGGGUGACAAUUUUAUUUUUCAGCUAUAAAUUAUACUGUUGAUUUACAAACAAGUCUAAGGGUUGAUGGUAAAUACUCAAUACAAUACCAAAAGAAAUGGGGCCAUCACAAUAAAUGUCCAAUUUAAAU